CAUCCUUCCCCUGUUUGCUGUCAAAGCUUCUCCAGUUUCUCAUUCUCACUGCAUGCAUGCCCCUCAUUCCCUAAUCAUGCUUUCACCUUGACAACAUCCAACACAAUGGAUCAACAUCAUCAACCUAACAAAUAUCCAACCACAUUAGCAUUACUAGAACCCAAUAACCUAAAAACCGAUAAACCUAACGAUGAUCAAUGUUUCCUCCUUUACUUCAUCAUGGGCACAUACUUUGGUCCUCACAUCAAUGCUGAGAAAAAAUCAAUCUUGCAAAGAGUUGCUGAAGGUCUUCCUUCUUACACACGUGAUCAGUUAACAUCUUCUUUCAUCAAGGUAUCUGAGUUAGAGCGUAUUUACUAUUACAUACUUAGGAAUGUUGAUAAGUCUUUAACCGUAAAGUUAAGUUUUUUACGCCGGUUCGUUAAAGGGCUAGAAUCUUCCUCCUCCAAUUGUGAUUACCCUUUGUUUACUGAUUUGUUUCCGCUUGAAUUACACCCGCAAUUUAAGUACAAGUGUCAGUAUAAAGUCAUUGACAGUGUUGUGUUUAUUGAUAAUCCGGAAGUGGUUUAUCUUAAUCCUGAGGAGGUUGAAAGGUUUAAGAGAUUGAGUGGUGUUGAGGAUUUUCUUGUGGAUAUAGAUGCUGCUAGGUUGUAUAACCAUUUUGAUGGGAAUGGUUUGCGUAGUAAGGUUAAGAAAACUAGUAGUUGUCGAAAAGUAGAUGAAAGUGAUGAUUUUUCCGAGCUCAAGUAUCGGAUGCCAGAUGCCCAUGUCGUGAAGCCUAUUAGGAGUAUUCCGUUUAAUCAUGGUAUGGCUCUUGGAGAUGAAGGUGAUGAUUCAGAGAAAGUUGAUGUUCCGGCUGUGUUGUUUCUUCCUUCUCGUCCUACUAAGAAGGAAUGGUCUGACAUUGUGGCUGCUACUAAGAAUGGUUUUGCGUUGACUGGAAGUGCGGCUACGGGACGGGUUGGACCCAUCAUAGGACUUGUAGACAUUGGGGAGUGUGAAGACGCGUACCUAUUUCGCAUGUCUCUCCCUGGCGUGAAGAGGGAUGAAAAGGAAUUCAGCUGCGAGGUUGACACUAAUGGCAAAGUAUUGAUACAUGGAGUGACCAUAACAGGAGAGAAGACGGUAACAAUGCACUCUCAGGUGUUUGAAAUGCAAACUCAAAACCUUUGCCCACCAGGCCAUUUCUCCAUCUCAUUUCAGCUACCGGGUCUUGUUGAUCCGCAUCAAUUUUCAGGUAAUUUUGGCACGGACGGGAUUCUUGAAGGAGUGGUUAUGAAAGGCAAAUUAGGUGAUGACUAAGUUCUGUCCGAUUAGGAUUCUUCUUUUAAUUUUAAUUCCGCCUGGAACUAUUCUGACGCAGAAUGUCAAGAAAAAUGUGAUUUUGAGUAACAGUAUCAUGUAUAGUUGGUAUCUUAAUGGUAUUUAUUUUUUUGAGAUUCUGUUACAUCCUUAGAUGAUCUCUUGACAUUCUCUUCAUGUAGAAGACAAGAAAUAGUCAUGACAUGACUAGCUAAUCAAUUUUGUGGACAUGUAAGAAUGUUUGAAUAUAGUUAGUUAUUUUGAGAGAACGUUUCAUACAUACUGAAGUGUUUAAAAGUUUGUUGGAGAUGUACUAUGCCAAUAUAAUUUCACAUUUUAUUUUUAUCUCUAUC